CUCAACAAAAACUCGAGUGUUUACUUGACACAAGCAUCAGUGUAUAUGCUAAUUAAAAAAUAAUAAUAACGAUUUAUUAUGUAGUUGAAAACAUUUUCUUAGCCAUCUUUCUUCUUUUUCAACUUGUUCAUAACUCUCUCUCUCUCUCUCCUGUUAAGUUGGGAGAAAUUACAUAAAACAUAGGCGGUGCAGGAAAGCAAUGCCGGAGUUUGGGGAUGAAUUCAUCAUAGAAAGCUUCAAAGUUCCAUGGCUCAUAUGGAUCCAGCUUAUUGUCACCAUUCUUCUCCUUUUUCUUCUCUUUCUUGGGUUCGGCAUCUUUACGUCAGACCUUGCAUCCAGCUCCUCCUCCGCCGCUUCCUCGUCAACUGCUGCCGCCGCCGCGCCACCCGUCCGUCCUAACAAACCCCACAGAAGAAUCAAGGUGGGAGAUCAGAGGGUCCCAAGGGGCGAAGAAACUAGCGAAGGUUUGAUAGGGGAAGAAAAUCAAAGUGAAGAGGAAUCCUCUUUGAAGGAUUCUGGGUUCGUUAGAAUUUUCCGCUCUUCAAAUCACCCUUGCAACUAUUUUGGCCUAGCUAAACAAGCUCUUUUCAAGUGUUUUGGCUUGGAUUCCAGCUCUGAGCCUUCCAGUAGACAUCGGCCUGAAAAACAAGACUAAUGAACAUAUACUAAUAAUUAAAGUCGAGUGAUGCUUAGGUGAAAAGUGAAAGUACCUCCACUUUGUUCGUUCAGAUGAGGAUGAUUACAGAAGGUGAGGUUAGGUCUUUAAAUUUCCGGUAAAUAGUGACCCUGUAAUGUAUAUAUCGCAGGAAGCUAGCAUUAUUAGUCGUCAAGUGUAAAUCCACUAAUGCCAAUGGGAUCCGAACGUUCGUCAUUAUUGAGAAGCCCUGUCCCUGAUGUUAUGCUUUUCCAUGUUGCUUUUGGUACUGCUAUAUAACUACUUUGUUGUCCUCUUGCCUUUGUUGUUGUGGUUUUGCACCUUGAUGUUUCCUUUCUAGUCUAGGUCCUGUCUCAAUCUUUUUGUCCAUGUAUUCUGAUGAGCAAAUGGCAUAUUCACAUAAUGAUACCCUCUAAAUCACUUGGG